GCGAUUUUUGUUAUUUGGUGUUCUUUAUAAUCUCAAUCAGUCACACAUCUGAAAUCAAGAAUUGCUAAAAGACCACACAUUUUAAGUAUAUUGGCGUAAAACUGAGGAGAUGUGUUACCAGUGGGACCAUAUAGCAGAGCUGCAGUUGGAGGUGUCAGGGCUGGGCACUGAGAACGCCAGUGAUGUGAAAUGCCACUGCACAAGGGCUUUUAUUGGUGAUGGUUGGCUGUACAAGAAAGGCCUGUAUGUGGAGGAGGAUGGGGGAGAAGACUCUGGUACUGAACCUGAAAUUAAUGAUGUGGAUGAGCAACAGUAUGGCAAGAAAGAUUAUGGUGAGGCACUAGAAACCAGCAACCAGUAUGAAGUAGACUCUGUAGAAGCUGAUGAUGAAAACUGCAAGCAGGAUUCAGAAGAGGAUGAGGGAGAUGAAGAUGAUUUGGAGCUGACAGAUGAGCAGAGAGAAGAAUUGAGAAUGAUGCAGCAGAUGGGCUUACCUGUUAACUUUGCCUUUGGGAAAUCUAAGUCAGCUGGGACCUCAAAGACCGGAAAGAAUAGAGGUAAAAAGAGAAAAAAGGCAAAACAAAGGAAGCAGAAAACAAUUAGUGAACCUGAAUACUCAAAUAUUAAUGAUAUAAAUCAAACAUCAAACAUCUUUAGUGAGAUUGACGAUGAAACCAUAAAGGCAACUUUGGGGAAGAAAUCAGAAAAUGGUCUGAAAAAUCCUCACCUAGUUGGCUAUGACCUUGAAACUGUCUGGCAGGAUUACUGGGGUAAAUAUGGGGAAUAUUUGGUAUGGGAAGGCUGGGUGGGCAAAUACCCGGACCAGAUUGACUAUGACAACACUCAGGCUGUGCCAGCUAUAGCUGAAAUAGAGGUUGACACUAAUAAUGAUGUGGAUGCCAUGGAUGGGAUGGUUGAGAUGAAUAAAGAACAUGGAGAUUCUGUUAUGUGUAAUAGAAUUAAUUACAUUGAUGGUAUAGAAAAUAAGAAAAUAAAUGAAGUGUCUUGUGAUUAUAAUGGAGACCAUGUCACACAUUUAGAUGAAAACAAUGUGGCUUCAAUGAGUAAAUUUGAUGGUGCGGGUGAUGAUAAGAACAAACUGGCAAAGGAUGUCAACAGUAUCAGCAGGAAUGGAAGAAGUGAGUUGGAAACUGUAUGCUCAAAUGAAAAUGAGAAGGGCCAGCAUAACAGGCUAUUGAAUAGGGUUGUAGAAAAUGUGUGCCCCAAUUUAAAAGCUGAUAUAGUUGCUAGGCUUCAGAAUCAAACUGAACAGUUUGAUGGUAAUACAGGUGAAGUCUUGUCUAGCGGUUGUAACACAGAACAAGAUGCUGAAAACUUUGCAAACAGACUGAGUGAAACUACAAAAAUGAUGCAUAACUAUACAUGCCAGUCUCAAUCCAUGUAUUGUGGUGAUGAAAAAUUUGGUCAAAUGAGAACAUUAACCGAAGUAGAACAAGCGGUAGAUGAAAAUAAGACUGACACAGAUAAUGAUAUGGAAAAAGAUAUGAAUGUUGUUCAACAUGGAAAUAGAGAAGUUGAAAACGGGGUUGAUGAUGGAGGUUAUAGCGAGGCAUGGGCAGAGUUGUGGAAUGACCACUACACAGAGAGUUACUGGUACUACUAUAACCAGUUUGCUGAGAAAUUCAGGAAAAUAGCUUUGAAUGUAGAACCAGAGGCUUGUGUUGCUGAGGGUAUUGCUGUUGUUGAUGAACAUGGUCAACUCUGUGUUGUGAAGGAUGAGAAUGAAUUGGAAAGUGUGAGAGCUAAACUAAAUGGAUCAUUACAAGAUUUACUUGUAGAAGAGCAACAAAAUGCUAAAUCCAGUGAUGAAGUUAUUUUAUUUAUGGACAGUGAGCACAGUGCCUGUGAAAGUAAUGAUAUUAACAAUCAAAGUGGAACCAUAGAUGCAUUGAACACACAAAAUAUCAUAUAUGUUAUUGAAGACCCUGAUAAUCCAGGUGGAUUGGCUGCAUUGGAGAACAUGACUCAAGAGGAACUUGCCAAACUUACUGAGGAGAUUUCAACGUGUUUGAAUGGUUGCAAUCUAGGAGACGGAUCAGAUGUGACUCCUGCCAUAGAUGUUGAAACCUAUGACUCCAGUCACAAUGAUCAAUGUCCAGACACAGAUGAACCAGUCGAUGGCAGCAGACGACAACGUAAACAGCGUGUAGAGAGGACCAGUCAGCAGGGUCUCAGUCAGUCUGGUGGGACAUCUGCAUUCCUGCCUUUGUCAGGGGGUUACAGUCAUGACGGAAAGGGGGGCAAUUCUGGUGAUGAUGAUCCACCUGAGGAAAGGCCAAUUACUCUGCCUCACAGCCAUGCCAUAGAUGCCACAUUGCCUAAAGAGGAGGAGGAGGAUACCAACUCUGCUCUGAGGGCUCUAGGCUUUGCUGUCCCUGAAGAUGAAACAUGCUCAGACAGUAAGAAGCCACGCAUCCAGGGUGGGGUGUUGAAAUAUCUCACAAAAAACAUAAAGGCCAAAUCUAAACAGUUGAAUAUGGGAAAGAAUCCAGCACACAUCAGAUUUGAUUCAGAUGGCAAUGAAAUAAAAGUAAAAGCAAGCAAAACAUUAAGUAAAGUGAAACAUUUUCUUGCUGCCUCAGGUAAAGAUAAUGUUGAAAACAUUCCUGAAAAUGCUAUUAUACCUGAAGAGGCUCUUAAUGCUGACAGUGGAAGUGAUAUUGACGAGGAAGUGAUGGAGAUUUUAAGUGUAAAAAGAACAAGUAAAGAAAAACCUGAAAAUCAGAAUAAUACUGAAGUGCCACCAAGUUUAAAUAGAACAGAUUCAAAACCUGAGGUGCAUAAAUGGAAACCAAACAGUAAGUCAAAUGUUGAUGACUUGAUUGAAAGCAUGGUGAAUAAAAGGCAAACUGGGUCAACAGUGGUGGCAAGUGAUCAUGUGAAACAAAUGGUUGAUGAAAAUGAACAAACUGAGAAUUUUGGUGUGCCAGUUUGCAUUAGGGCUGCCAUGGAAACAAUAGAAGAAAGCCAAGAAGAAAGGGAACCAGUGCAAUAUGAUCUAGAUAUAUGGAAUGAAAAUGUCGACAUUGAGAAAGUCAGUGAAGACAAUUUGAACAAACAUUUAAAGGCUAAGAGAAAAGGAAAAAGACGAAGGAAAGGCCAGGCUAGCGUGCCAAUGCCUGAAGAAAUUGCCAAUGAUUCUGAGCUGAGGAAAUAUUGGGCACAGAGGUAUAGACUGUUCUCCAAGUUUGACGAGGGAAUCAGAAUGGACAAAGAGGGCUGGUUCUCUGUGACCCCUGAAAAGAUUGCUGAGCAUGUUGCGGACAGAUGUCGCUGUGAUGUCAUAGUGGACGCAUUUUGUGGAGUAGGCGGAAACACCAUACAGUUUGCCUUCACAUGUGAAAGAGUUAUAGCUGUAGAUAUAGACCCACACAAGAUAGCCCUGGCCCGCCACAAUGCUGCGGUGUACGGUGUGGAGGACAGGAUAGAGUUCAUUGUUGGGGACUUCCUGAAGGUCGGCCCCACCCUGAGGGCGGAUGUUGUGUUCCUAUCCCCACCCUGGGGCGGGCCCCAGUACCUGGCUGCAGACAUAUUUGACCUUGAGACCAUGAUGGCAGUUAAUACAUUCGAGAUAAUGAGGGUGUCCCAACAGAUCUCUCAGAACAUAGCCCUCUUUGUCCCUCGAAACACGAACAUAAACCAGUUGACCAGUCUGGCAGGUCCAGGUGGCAAGAUGGAAAUGGAGCAGAACUUCCUAAAUAAGAAGCUAAAGACCAUUACUGCCUACUAUGGGGAACUGGUGCUGGAUGGGGAGGAAGAGGAGGCAAAAGUGGGAGCAGAGGUUGAGGAAGUAGAAGCAGAGAUUGCUGAUGUAGAUGUUGAGGUUGCUAAAGAUGGAGAAAGUUAAAUAGAUUAAGAUGUUGAAGAUGGGGAAAUCAUUUCAACUUUGAAAAUAUUGGAGAGGAUAUGGUUUCUUGAUUGGGAAGAAGAGGAUUAAGUGUAAGGAGAGGGAAGUUGCUAACAACAUAUCAAGUGAAGAGGGUUUUCUAGCUGAAAAUGGCUUCGAUGACAGGAUUUAAGCAUCUUAAGACAUAAACAACAUUUAAGUAAAACAAUUCAAGAUGAUGUUGGGGAUAAAGUUAAUCCUCUAAGAACAUUAAAGAGGAUAUAGAAGUGGAAGAAAUUUAGAGUUUCUGAGUAGACUUUACAACUACAAGUAUGUGCACUUUAAUUUUGUAAUGUUCAAAACAACAUUGAAGCUGUUUUACAUGUACAUUUUUAUGUCCCCCAGUCUAUAUAGGGGGACAUAUUGUUUUUGUCCUGUCAAACGUUAACAUUGGCCAUAACUUUUGCAAUAUUGAAGGUAGCAACUUGAUAUUUGGCAUGCAUGUGUAUCUCAUGGAGCUGCACAUUUUGAGUGGUGAAAGGUCAAGGUCAUCCUUCAAAGUCAAAGGUCAAAUAUAUGGGGGGACAUAGUGUUUCACAAACAGGGGGGGGACAUAGUGUUUCACAAACACAUCUUGUUAUUUAUGCUUCUGCUUGUGUGAAGUAUUUUGCAGAGUUGAAUCAGUGAUAUCACAAUCAUGUUUUUGCAUGCUAAUUAAACAUUAAUAUUAACUAAACAUUAAAUUAAUUAAUUAUUUUAUGGAACUGUUAAAAACGUUAUUUGGCUUAGAAAUCAUGCUGCAUUUGUUUCGGACAAUUAAAGACUUCACAUACUAUUGAAAAACUUUGUAAACAUACCAUAGGUUUAACAAUUGUUUCAUAAUUCUGCAUCUGCACAUAUUUUUAACAAUAUUCCUUUUAAGAAAUGUUAAGGGCUGUUAUUUACAGUAUUUGAGACUUCAUGAGCUGAGUUAGUAAGGCGUACAAAUAAAUAAUGUUAGUUCUGUUUUUGUCUUGCAUUUUCUAUACACACGCUUUGUACGAUUUUGUGUUUAGAAUGCUUUCCUUAUACAAAUUAUAUACAUGAAAUGUUAUGUCCUUUUUCGUUGUAUGAUAUAUAUUUAAGACUAUGUAUACGCACGAAAUAACACCAUAUGACCAUAUAGUGGCACAAUCCCUUUCAUGUGGGAAAUCUUUGUUAUUCAACACUCACAUUGAUAGUCACAAAUGUUAAGUAUAUGUUACACCUGGAGACUUUGUAUUGUAUGCUAGCUUUAUAUUCCUUGCUCAAAGGUCAGGGUCACUCAUAGAGUUUGAACUCAAAUAUAAUCAUGAUUAAAAUAGUUAGGACAAACGGGCUUGCGAUGCACGAGACCUUUUCGUCAAAGGUCUAGGUCAUUCUUUUCGAACUGUAACUUAAAAGCCAAUGAACACUCAAAAUAAAUGAAUAUUUCUAAAAAUAUUUCGAAAAUAAAGUUAUCUUAUAAAAAAUCUAUAUUCAUUAUAGCAAUAGCCAAAAUUUCAACGCUAGAUGUCUAUUUACAUAGAUUAACAAGAUACAAAGAUAGUUUUUGGUUUUUUGUGGGACAAUAUAUUCAACAAAUGUUCAUGUACAAUGUUAGUGUUCGUGUGUCGUAUAAUUAAAUAUCGUUUCACGAUAUUAAAAUGGAAUAUAUUGUGCCACAAAAAAUUAAAAACAAGCAUUUUGUAUCUCUUUAAAUGUAUGUUACCAUAAAACAUAAAGCGUUGAAAUUAGGGCUUUUGCUGUAAGGAACACUGAUUUUUCUAUGGGUUAACUUUAUUUUACAAAAUAUUUUGCAAAAUAUUCGUUGAUUUUGAGUAUUAAUGUUACUUUAAUCAUUAAAAAUGCUAGCAUAUACAAGACAACUUUCUCGCCUGUGUGAUAGAUACACUUUUCGAAGCGCUUUUGCGGCAGAUGUUCAGCCUUUUGUAGACAAAGGUUUUCGGGUUAAUUCAAGCCUGAAUGGAAUAUUUUGUUCUGUAAAUUGCAUCAAAGAAGAUAUUUUUGAAAAAAAGUGUUAUAUAGAGAAUA